AUGGCAAAGAGACGAAGCUCUUUAUCACCCUGCAUAAAUACUGCCACAACAUUUGGAGAUCUACGGAAUGGCAACAUCCCAGGUCAGCAUCGGAAGCGCAUUACAUCAGUAGCACCACCAUCUGAUCUUCAGGAGUGGCUUAGCAUAUUCCAGAAAUGGAGUGGCCCUGAGAAGCUACUGGCAUUGGAUGAGCUUAUUGAUCGCUGCGAGACUUCACAGAUCAAAUACAUGAUGCAAGUCAUUGAGCCUCAGUUCCAACGAGACUUCAUCUCCCUCCUUCCAAAAGAGACCAUCGGGCUCCAUUUUGGUGGCGGGGCAGAAAUUGAGUCCUUGGCUGAGAAUGUCGAUCUUGUCAGGUUGAAGGGUAUGGUCAGAUAA